CCUUGGAAGGAAAAGAUUCUAGGAGGCAUUCUGGUGUUAGUAAACCUCCGCCAUGUUUGAGUCCUGGAGGUGACCAUGACAUGUUAAGCCUUAAGUUUGGUCCCUGCCUAGACAGCAUGCUGGACUCCUGCAAGGCACAUUAGGGGUGCGGCCACUGCUUUCUGGCUGCUGUGGCUGAAUCGGCCUGAGGGGAAAAUGAAAGCAAAAACAAGCCCCAGUUCUACUAGGAAACCCAAACUGAGCAACUUCAGGCUUAUCCAGCUCCUGGGAAGACCAGGAAGCAACUGAGGAGCGGUGCACCGAGACGGACAGCGCCGGGGGUUAACCCCCUGCCGCUAAUAUUUCCGCUCCAAAGGGAGCCUCUCCUUUCUUGGCAAAAUGUAGAAACCUAGAUUCCCUCGCAAGAUCCACGCGACCAGCGUCGGCCACGCUGUGCUUCCCGGGGUCCCCUUGUUUAGUGAUUCUUCGUUAUGGCCGCCCGUGUGCCUUCGACUCAAUCGGGACCCUCCAUUUUCCAUAUCCAGGAAAAUGUGAUGCGCCACAGGUAUCAGCGUCUGGAUCGCCACUUCACGUUUUAGCCACAAGUGACUCAGUGGAAGAUCCAGAGUCAACAGAGGCUCGUCAGGAAGAUGUCUACAGAAAAGGUAGACCAAAAGGAGGAAGCUGGGGAAAAAGAGGUGUGCGGAGACCAGAUCAAAGGACCGGACAAAGAGGAGGAACCACCAGCUGCUGCAUCCCAUGGCCAGGGGUGGCGUCCAGGUGGCAGAGCAGCUAGGAACGCAAGGCCUGAACCUGGGGCCAGACACCCUGCUCUCCCGGCCAUGGUCAACGACCCUCCAGUACCUGCCUUACUGUGGGCCCAGGAGGUGGGCCAAGUCUUGGCAGGCCGUGCCCGCAGGCUGCUGCUGCAGUUUGGGGUGCUCUUUUGCACCAUCCUCCUCUUGCUCUGGGUGUCUGUCUUCCUCUAUGGCUCCUUCUACUAUUCCUACAUGCCGACAGUCAGCCACCUCAGCCCUGUGCAUUUCUACUACAGGACCGACUGUGAUUCCUCCACCACCUCACUCUGCUCCUUCCCUGUUGCCAAUGUCUCGCUGACUAAGGGUGGACGUGAUCGGGUGCUGAUGUAUGGACAGCCGUAUCGUGUUACCUUAGAGCUUGAGCUGCCAGAGUCCCCUGUGAAUCAAGAUUUGGGCAUGUUCUUGGUCACCAUUUCCUGCUACACCAGAGGUGGCCGAAUCAUCUCCACUUCUUCGCGUUCAGUGAUGCUGCAUUACCGCUCAGACCUGCUCCAGAUGCUGGACACACUGGUCUUCUCUAGCCUCCUGCUAUUUGGCUUUGCAGAGCAGAAGCAGCUGCUGGAGGUGGAACUCUACGCAGACUAUAGAGAGAACUCGUACGUGCCGACCACUGGAGCGAUCAUUGAGAUCCACAGCAAGCGCAUCCAGCUGUAUGGAGCCUACCUCCGCAUCCACGCGCACUUCACUGGGCUCAGAUACCUGCUAUACAACUUCCCGAUGACCUGCGCCUUCAUAGGUGUCGCCAGCAACUUCACCUUCCUCAGCGUCAUCGUGCUCUUCAGCUACAUGCAGUGGGUGUGGGGGGGCAUCUGGCCCCGACACCGCUUCUCUUUGCAGGUUAACAUCCGAAAAAGAGACAAUUCCCGGAAGGAAGUCCAACGAAGGAUCUCUGCUCAUCAGCCAGGGCCUGAAGGCCAGGAGGAGUCAACUCCGCAAUCAGAUGUUACAGAGGAUGGUGAGAGCCCUGAAGAUCCCUCAGGGACAGAGGGUCAGCUGUCCGAGGAGGAGAAACCAGAUCAGCAGCCCCUGAGCGGAGAAGAGGAGCUAGAGCCUGAGGCCAGUGAUGGUUCAGGCUCCUGGGAAGAUGCAGCUUUGCUGACGGAGGCCAACCUGCCUGCUCCUGCUCCUGCUUCUGCUUCUGCCCUUGUCCUAGAGACUCUGGGCAGCUCUGAACCUGCUGGGGGUGCUCUCCGACAGCGCCCCACCUGCUCUAGUUCCUGAAGAAAAGGGGCAGACUCCUCACAUUCCAGCACUUUCCCACCUGACUCCUCUCCCCUCGUUUUCCUUCAAUAAACUAUUUUGUGUCAGCUUC